AUGGCAAAUGAUAUUGAACAUUGGAGUACAGCUUUUUUAGAUCCAUCAUGGACUCACCAAGUUCAAACACUGGAUGAUUUUUUUGGUUUAAUGAUGCGAACGCGAUUUGUUCGAAGACAAAUCGUUGAACGUGUACUGAAAGGAAUACCUAUCCGCUCACAUUUUGCAGUAUCUUUGAAAAAUGCAAUGGAUUCCUUGCAACACAGUUGCGAAAGAAAUACCACGAUCAUAAAUUUAAACCUUGGACCAAUGGCUGAUUUUCAGUGCAAUCAUCUUUCAGUGAAAUUUGACAUAAGAAUUGAGUUAGAAGAGUUCGAAAAGGAUCUUAGCUUUCUUAAAUUCAUCGAGAGCGAUAAUGUUUAUAACGUUGAACAAUUCGUUGAUACUUUACAAACUUAUCACCCAGUAUCACCGCAAGUCUUUAAAGAAGAAGUUGCAGCAGCUGUUGAGUUGCUUUAUGAGGCUGAUCAUUUUCAUUAUUUUUUCACAGAUCGUGAUGGAACUUUGAAAACUUAUUCAUGUAGCUAUCGAGCUAGUAUUCAACCUGCCUAUUCCGGUGUUAUUCAGGCAAUUUUAUCAAUUUUUUUUGAAUUUUUUAGCCUUUCAUUUUACUUCCUUGGAGCAUUCAUCUGUAUUUACUUUUUCAUUGUAGCACAGUUCGCGAGACGUUGCGCUCAAAUUUGCGCUAUUAUUACGACAGCACCUCUCAUGCAUCUCGGAAUUCUUGAUGUAAGCACAAUUCCAGAAGGUUUCUAUUAUUUUGGUGCAUCUGGUGGCCGUGAGUGGUUUAUUGAUCCUGAAAAAAAGUUUAAAGAUACAGCGCUUUCUGAGAAGCAACUUACCAUGCUGGAUAAAGUAUAUAAAGAGAUAGUUAAGUUGCUCGAACAUCCAGAUUAUAAAAUUUUUGCAUGGGUAGGAUCUGGACUUCAAAAACAUUAUGGACAUAUUACAAUAGCACAUCAAGAUGUGUAUCGAUCUAUUCCAGAAAAGAGAUCGGCGGAUUUGUUAGUUUUUUUCAAUAUUAUUAUAUUAUUUAUAACAAAUUUUUUUUCAAUUGUUUUACGACAUCAAGUAGCGACUUCCGACACCACUUUCAACAAAGGUCAUGGUAUUGCCCUUUUGGUUGAUAAUAUUCAUUGCAAAUUAUCUGAAGGUAAUAUUUUGGUUUGUGGCGAUAGUGAAACAGAUUUGCCCAUGUUGGAAGUAUGUUUAGGAAGAAAUCCUAGAAACAUUUAUACAAUUUGGGUUACUUCUAAUGAGGAACUUCAAACUAAGGUAAAAAAUUUAUGCAAAAAAUAUGGUAAUUCGAAUGUUGCAUUUGUAUCUACGCCCGAAGUAUUGCUUGGCGCUAUGGCUCAAGCUACAAUACGAGAAAUAAGCAUCGCAGCUCGAGCUCGACAAAAUAUAUCCACCUCAUAA